UCUGUGCAGUGCGGCCACUGAUGGGAGAAUAGCAUUGUGGGAUAUCUCGGGAACCAUUGAGAAAGCCAACAUGGCAACUACUCUGUCAGAAGGAGCCUGUCAGCCUUGGGUGCUGGAGGUCCCCUGUCUGGUGCUGAACGCCCAUCAGUGUGGAGUGAAUGGACUUCACGUCAGAUCCCUGGAUCCCGGACACUACCUGUUAGCCAGUGGUGGUGACGAUAAUGCCAUCCGUGUCUGGACGAUUUCUGUGGGAGCAACUGCACGUGAGGAUGUUGCAGCGAGUGUUGGGGCCUCGGAAGGACAAUAUGUCAACGCAGAGUUUUCCAUGCAGGUGACAGAGGGACCGCGAGUUGACAGUGCGCACGCCGCGCAUGUGACUGGAGUGAAGGUCCUGAGCUCAAGGCUGCUGGCCUCCGUCUCCAUCGACCAGCGACUGACGCACUGGGAGCUGAGCGACCGUGGACUGCAUUUCCUGGAUAGCAUGUGCUGUCAUGUGGCAGACGUCGCCGACCUGGAGAACUGGGAGGGUGCCAGCUCAGAGACUCACCUUUAUGCCCUGUGUGGGCAUGGGCUGCAGAUCCUGAGGUAUCAGUAGGUGUAGCAAAACGGCCUUGCAAUACAAACGUCAAAUACUGCAGAUGCUGGAGACUGGAAACAGAAAAAGGAAUUGAUGGAGACACCUAGCAUUUCAGGCGGCAUGUACAAAGAGACAGAACUGGAGUCAGUGUUUUAGAUCAAUGAACUCUUAUGUGAACUGGAAAAAGUUGGAGAUUGAGUACUUCAUAAUCAACUUGAGUUGCUUUUACGCAAAUUCAGAUUAGGAACAGCAGUAGGCCAAGUGUUGGUCUUGAUAACUCAGGUAAAAAAACAUAACGUAUGUGGCAGUUCAUCAAUCAUUGUGUGGAAUUUUACUGGCACAGCAAAAGACCAUUCAGCCCAUCUGGUUUGUUCUGGCAUUUUAUGCUCCACAGAAGCCUCCUCCCAUCCUACUUCAUUUCACUGUCAACGUAUCAUGCUGUUCCCUCGAGUGUAUCUCUAGCAUUUUGCAAUUUGUCUCAAUCUUCCAAGUUACCAUUGUCAUUUUUCUCCUGACUUCCUUAUUGGAUUUAUGAGUGACCUUGCAGAUUUCUGGUUCCUAAUUUUGCUUGCCUCACAACUAGAAAAAUCUUCUCUACUUCCAUGUGUUCAAGGCCUUUAAUAAAAUUAAAGACCUCUGUUGGGUCAGCCUUGGGUCAGCUUUUCCUGGACAAAAGGGCCUGAGUCUGUUCGAUCUCAUCUGAUGUGCAUAAUCCAUCUGUUCUGAUAUCAUCCAUUAAAAUCUUGUGUUUACACCAUCUUCAGAGUGAAUAUCAUCCAUGGCAGUUGAUACUGAACUGUGGAGAGUGUGAGCCUGAAUUUCAGCA